UGCGGCCCGUGCAGCCCGGCCGGCUCCUUUCAGCUGACUCCGGGUUCCCGCGAGGCGCCGCUCCUUCCGCUUCCUCGCUAGGCGGCCUGGACUGAGGUUUCGGAGCUGCGGGGCGGGAGGCCGUGUGUCAUCUUCCUCCGGUUCCGGCGCAGGCCUAGUCGUUUCGGGCCAGGGCCCAGGACGCGCCCCAUGGCAGGGCAGCGGGUGGAGGUCGAUGGCGGGAUCAUGGAAGGGGGUGGCCAAAUCCUGAGAGUCUCUACGGCCCUGAGUUGUCUCCUGGGCCUGCCUUUGCGGGUGCAGAAGAUCCGGGCGGGCCGCAGCAUUCCAGGACUGAGGCCUCAACAUUUAUCUGGACUGGAAAUGGUUCGAGAUUUAUGUGAUGGGCAACUGGAGGGGGCAGAAAUCGGCUCAACAGAAAUAACCUUUACACCAGAGAAGAUCAAGGGUGGAAUCCACACAGCAGAUACCAAGACAGCAGGGAGCGUGUGCCUCUUAAUGCAGGUCUCAAUGCCCUGUGUUCUCUUUGCUGCUUCUCCAUCAGAACUUCGUUUGAAAGGUGGAACUAAUGCUGAAAUGGCACCACAGGUCGAUUACACAGUAAUGGUUUUCAAGCCAAUUGUUGAAAAAUUUGGUUUCCGGUUUAAUUGUGACAUUAAAAUGAGGGGGUAUUACCCGAAAGGUGGUGGUGAAGUGAUUGUCCGAAUGUCACCAGUUAAACAAUUGAACCCAAUAAAUUUAACUGACCGUGGCACUGUGACUAAGAUAUAUGGAAGAGCUUUUGUUGCUGGUGUUUUGCCAUUUAAAGUAGCAAAAGAUAUGGCAGCGGCAGCUGUUAGAUGCAUCAGAAAGGAAAUCAGGGAUUUGUAUGUUAACAUUCAGCCUGUUCAAGAACCUAAAGACCAAGCAUAUGGCAAUGGAAAUGGAAUAAUAAUCAUUGCUGAGACAUCCACUGGCUGUUUGUUUGCUGGGUCAUCACUUGGUAAACGAGGUGUAAAUGCAGACAAGGUUGGAAUUGAAGCUGCUGAAAUGCUACUAGCAAAUCUUAGACAUGGCGGGACUGUGGAUGAGUAUCUGCAAGAUCAGCUGAUUAUUUUCAUGGCAUUAGCCAAUGGAGUUUCCAGAAUAAAAACAGGACCAGUUACACUCCAUACACAAACAGCUAUACAUUUUGCUGAACAACUAGCAAAGGCUAAAUUUACGGUGAAGAAAUCAGAAGACGAAGAAGAUGCCUCUAGAGACACUUACAUUAUUGAAUGCCAAGGAAUUGGGAUGACAAAUCCAAAUCUAUAGGGUAUUCACCUCUUAAAUGAUACCUCAAUGAUGUAUUGCACUAAUUCAUUUCAUAAAUACUGUAAAAUGAUGAAUAGGAAGUAACUUAUUAAAAGACCUGACUUAGGCGGCGCCUGUGGUUCAAGAAGUAGGGUGCCGGUCCCAUAUGCUGAAGGUGGCGGGUUCAAACCCAGCCCCGGCCAAAAAUCACCAAAAAAAAAGACCUGACUUAUAUUUGGAUAUACAUUUCCAUGUUGUAGAUGUGCUGAGAAUGUGUGAUCAAAUUAAUCUCACUUUGAAUAUCUCCUCAGAUAAGGACAGUGAAUUAUGAGAGGUGGUGGAUAUGUGUGAUAGCUGACUUCAGUAUUAAAGUAUUGAAAUGAAAUAUC